GACAUUUCUUUUGACGUUUUUGACUUGGUACAAAAUAUUGAAUGAGAAUAAUUAUUGGAUACCUUCUAUAGGUAUUAGAAAAUUAUAAUCCUGGUCCGUAAUAAUAGAUAACAAUGGUUAUUCUUAGUACUUUAAGAACAUUAAUUCGACUGCCAUCGUCAACUGUGCGAAAUGAAGCUUCAAAAAGGCUGAUGUCUGAUCAUAGGGUUUUUCCUAUGCAGCCUUCUAGGUGGCAAUGGAUCAAAUUUAAGGAUUAUUUUCAUUACUAUGUAAUGUUGGGAGUUAUACCAGCUACUUUGGCUAUCACUUAUGCCAAUGUGUUUAUUGGACCUUCUACCCUUUCCGAAAUACCCGAGGGAUAUACUCCAAAAUUUUAUGAAUAUCACAGGAGUCCUGUAACAAGAUUUUUAGCCAAAUACAUUUGUACAGAUCCACAACAAGAAUAUGAGAAAUAUCUGGCAUAUAUUUUCAUGGAACAUGAGAAAAUGAGACUUCGUAAACUCGAGAAGGAAGUGAAACACAAAAUGGCCGAAAGAAACGAUUAUCAAGCUUACUACUACCGACCAGUUGCUGCCAAAUAUCACAGAAUUACAAGAGAAACUGCUGAUUACUUGGAAACUAUUAGAGGAGAAUAAUUUUUUCCGAAUCAUGUGUAAAUAUGACAUUGUUUAAACAAAUAGUUGUUUAAAAUUGUCUUGUUAUUCAAUAGUAAGAUUGUAUGUAGUUAAUUUAAUAAAUUUUUAACUU